AUGCCCGACAUCGAUCCUGCGGCAUUGAGCCGCCCAUCCAUCAGUGUCCAAACCCCUCUCCUAUCAACAAAAUCUCUGACCAACCUCGGAAGCGCGCAAAAGUCCAAAUCCAGUCAAAUUCCUGGGCGCAUCGACCUCGAACCACUCUAUAGCGAGCUAAAAGCAGGAAUUGGAGCUGAGCACUGGCAGAUAUAUAAAGAGACUACAACAGAAUUCUUCAUCGGCAGCCUUAACCAAGACGAAUACUCAAUCCGGAUCGAUGCGAUUCUUGCUGGACAAAAUGGAGAGAAAGACCAUUUACACAACCAACUUAUAGCCGCCAUUUAUGGCAAUGUUACAAGGGAAAUCCCUGAUCAAGGGUUGGCAAUUUGGGUCAGCUCUAAUGACAAACCGGCUGCUAGCGCUAGUAAGGCGACUGCUAGCGAUGCCACCGAGCGCCGAUUGAAAGGCGAUGUUAUGCAGCUGCCCGCGCGGGACAGACGGCGCAUCAAGGAUCUCACACUGAACGAGUUUGAUACCACCGAAACUUUCGCAAGCGUCUUUAUGGAGUCCCGGCGAAAGCCAACGCAAGAUGCAUCCUCUAGUGCUCCUGGUGGAAUUAACAAUAUGAAUUUUGAUUUGGAAAUUCGAAAACGAUUUACACAACCGCUGGCCAUUGAGUCCGGUGAAUUCCCCGAUGUUGGCCUCAUCGCAGGCCGCAUGCUCCCGUUCUGCUACGAAGCGGGUCUCCCAAGCGGUCAUUGUUCAGAGGCACCACAAUUGAUGUCCAUUGCCGCAGAUGCCUUUAUCAAGGAGAUGCUCACGCAGGUGUUUGCGCGUACAAGAAGCAACGGUGCCGGCGACUCGGGGAGCGCUGGCUACGGUGUGGGCACGCAGUGGAUACAAACGCACAACUAUAAACGCCAAUUACACCUGGAAGAGGAAGCCGCGCACCGCGGGGAAAUUUCACGCGAUAAAGCCGGUCUUUUGCCUGUGGAAGCGCGAGCCGCGGGAGAGCAAGGCCCGUUGAGCAUGGCAGAUGUCCGUGUCGCUCUAGAGAUUGCGGACUCGAGCAUGUCUCAAUUUCCAGUCCUGAUGCGCGAAAUACUGUGUGGGUAUCGUGAAGGCGAAUUGGAGAACUGGAACGACCAUAGCUGGAUCGAGGGAUACGAACCGAUUUGUGUGGAGGAGCUGAUGAAUGGUCACGUCUCUUCCGCAUUUGGUAAUGGAACAGACGCAAUGGAUAUCGACAUGGAAAUCGGCUGGGAAGGUGCAGAGGAGAGUGAUGUGGAGAUGCUAGAUUGCAUGCUCGAUUCAUGUCUGGCUGUCGGUCUUGCGCGCAUUUGUCAAAGCCUUGGAAGCAAACUGAGGAGAGCUUUGAGCGAAAAACAGCAGACUGGAUACAAUCCCAAGCUGGAGCGCGAGGAUGCAGAAAAGGAACAAGGAGCCGACCGCCAAAGAAAGUGCCGAGAUGAGGAGCGAUCUAUGCGGAAUUUUGGCGUUUAUGACUCUCUACGUGAAUCUUUCAUGGGCGCUGGGGCUGGAGUCAAAGGGAAGGAAUAUACAUCUCGCUGUACAUAUGAAUCGCGAAUUUUGGAUUUGAUCCUCUGUACAAUUUCAAGGUGCAAGCACUUUGAGGGAGGCGUUUUGGUUUUUCUCAUUUCAGAGGAUGCGGUAGAUAGGGAGCGAAGCGCAGAGGCUCAGUCUCUUUGGAUCGGUUUGGUGCAGGGCGGCGCCACAGGAUUCCAUCCAGGGUACUUUGGCGGUGGUGCAGCGCGCAGGGCUCCUUGGCUCCUUCUCUUUCUGCUUCGACUUCUUCUGCCGAACUGGCCGCCGCAACGGGCCAAUGGGGGCCGCCAGCCGGUGACGGAAGGGCCGCAUAGUGGCCCCUUCACAACUGACUUCCCUCUUUCGCCUCACACUUUGCCUCCCCGCAAACCCUUCUGCGUUCCCGUCGCUGUUCCCUUUUUGGUCGCCUUUUUCUUCGCCGCUACCUCAGUCGCUGGCCCCUGCCAUCCCUUGCAUCGACCAUCUAGUCCCUACCUCGACUUCUUUACCUAUUCUUCCGACUCCGGGACCGCUACACGGAGUACCCCUCUUCUCCCCCAGCGACCUCACAUCGUUUCGCCAUCGAGGAAUCAGCAUACCCUACAACACGUCUCUUUCUUUCUUCCAUCUCGGCAUCUGCUCUCGGCCCAUAGUCUGCAGUGCUCUUUUACAACGCCGUCUGGUCGUCGUGCAAUUUCUCCUCACCAUUGCUGUCUCGCGAAAGUCAUUUUGAGCUACUUCUACCGAUGGCGCUGUUUGCUGCAUUGGUGGAUGAUUGCUCCAGAGAUCGACUCGGCAACGUCCGUCACUCUCUCCGAUGGAGAGGCCGAUGCGGGAUUACAUCACAAGGGCACCUUCUCAUGCCUGACCGCCGAUUGCAGCACAGGCCGAUCACUUCACGACCGUACCCUCGCAGCCACAACCACCGUCUGUCCGUUCACACCUCGUCACCGACAACCAGAAUCAGCCAUGUCUGGUCCCUUUACGAGCCCCUUUGGCGCCAACGCCAAUCCGUUUGGCAGCGAUCGAACACAAAAUGAUACCAUGCACCGAGUCAUCGAAGAGGAGGAGCCAGAUUCUGUCGGUUCCCCCACAGCCGGUAGUAAUGCUCCAGGAGCUGCCGCCGCCUUCUCUAAUGUCUUUGGCGGCGAUGCCUCUGGAGAUGCUCCCCCGACUGUUCGCUCACCGCCCAACCCAGACAGCUACCCGGCUCAGUACAACUUUAACAGAAGAACUUCCGUGUCAGCCGAGUCACUCAAGCCCAGUGCCGACACGUACGAUAACUGGACCCCACCAUUUCACGAAAAGACUCCCGAUCAGAUCAACCGUCUAAAGCGAGCGAUCGAGGGAAACUUUCUUUUUAGCCACCUCGAUGAUGAGCAGAGCAACCAAAUUCUUGGUGCUCUUAUGGAAAAGCCGAUUCCUGCCAAGGACAUCAAGGUCAUUAGCCAAGGCGACGCCGGCGACUAUUUCUACGUGGUUGAAAAGGGCGCCUUUGACGUAUAUGUCAAUUCAGCCGGCACCGUUGGCCCAGGUCCCGAGGGUAUGGGGAGCAAGGUUGGCAAUAUCGAGGCUGGAGGCUCCUUCGGUGAGCUCGCACUGAUGUAUAAUGCCCCUCGUGCCGCGACCAUUGUUUCAGCCGAGGCCAAUUGCACCCUCUGGGCUCUCGACCGGGUCACUUUUCGCAGAAUCCUGAUGGAAUCUACGUUUGCCCGCCGACGUAUGUACGAGAGCUUCCUCGAGGAGGUUCCUCUCCUCUCAUCCCUCACUCCAUACGAGCGAUCCAAGAUUGCCGACGCUCUCGAGACUCAAAAGUUUGCUCCUGGUGCUGUCAUUAUCAAGGAGGGCGACCCUGGGUACUCUUUCUACCUCCUGGAAGACGGCACCGCCGAUGCAUACAAAGGUGAUACCAGCAAUAAAGUGUUGCAAUAUAAAAAGGGCGAUUUCUUUGGCGAGCUAGCUCUACUAAAUGACGCCCCGAGAGCUGCUAGUGUUGUGGCUACCACGGACGUCAAAGUAGCAACACUUGGCAAGAAUGCGUUCCAACGUCUACUUGGUCCUGUGGAGGGAAUUCUGCGCCGUACAAAGUAUCAGGGAGUCAAGGCUGGUGUUGAGGAGAUGGACCCGUUGUCCCGCGACUAA